UUAUUAUUCAUUCACUGUGGUAUUUAUUGAGUGCUUAUGGUGUGCCAAGCACUCAAUUAACCUCCUUUUGCUGGGUCUUAUCCCUCUCAGCAGCAUUGACUGAGCUCUUCCUGGGGGCAGAGCACUGGAAUUGAUAGAAAGAAAAGGCCCAGCCCUGGCCCGCAAGGAGCUUCCAGUCUAUCCUGUCUUCCUGGGGCCCCUGGGGAGGGGUACAAGCCCUGCUCUGUCCAGGUUUACUUCAUUAAGGGGUUACAUCUGCUUCUCCUGAUGGGGCGGAGGCCGGCAUCACACCAAGGGUCCCCCCGGGAUGGCAGCAGCCCAAGCCCACCAACCCACGGCAGUUGCCAGCUCAGCUGCCUUCCUCUUGCUAAAAUCCCCUUGCCACCAUUGCCCUUUCCUCUGAUUUGGACCUUCCCCCACCUCCUCCUGGCCGACUAGUCCCCCCCCAGAGCCCCGCUAACAGUUUAACCCAGUCAAGAUGAUUAGAAACAUCCCCCCCUCCCCAAACCGAUCCCUCACUGCCCCCUGUCCAGGCUCCGCUCCGGCCGGGGCCCGCCCUGCCGUCCAGGCCCGAGCCUCUGGGCCCUCUUCCCCGCUCCGUCUCCUCCGGAGGACUCUCCUUUGGUUCCCCCCACGGAAGCUUCAGGAGGUGGGGGUCAGCCGGGGGGAGAGGGGAGGAGGGCCGGCCCUCUUGCCCCUGCAGCUGGACGAAGCGGCGCAGCAGUGGGCCGCCCCCCGACCCCCCUCCCACAGCUCCGGCGUUUCCUGCCUCCAACGGCAGGGAGGAUCGGAUGGCGGGGCCUGGAGCCCCCCUCCGGGUCUGGGGCUGGGCUCACGCGAACACGCAAGACCCGCAUUUCCACACGGAGCACUCUCGGGCCCAGACGGCCGCUUCCCACCCGGCCCGGGGGUGGGGUUUGGGGGGGUGGCCCUGCCGGACGCCAUGACUUUCGCGGAGGUCCUGGAGAGGCUCGGUGGCCUGGGGCGCUUCCAGUGGGUGCACAUGGCCGCCCUGGUGGCCCCGGUGCUGCUCACAGCCUCCCACAACCUCCUGCAGAACUUCUCGGCCGCCGUCCCUCGGCACCACUGCCGGCCCCACCUUCCUCCCCCUGGGACCCCGGCAGGCAACUGGACGGCCGAGGCCCUGCUCAGGGUCUGGGUCCCGCUGGACACCAGCCAGAGGCCAGAGAGCUGCUUCCAGUUCUCCCACCCUCAGUGGCAGCUCCUGGAGCCCGACAACGGCACGACCGCCAAUGGGACCACCAACGCCGCCACCGAGCCCUGCCGCCACGGCUGGACCUACGACCGCAGCGAGUUCGCGGAGACCAUCGUCACGGAGUGGGACCUGGUGUGUGACUCGUGGACUCUGACCCAGAUGGCCCAGUCCAUUUACAUGGCAGGGGUGCUGGUGGGCGCCCUGCUCUUCGGGAGCUUCGCGGACAGGUUUGGGCGUAAGGCCCUGCUCAGCUGGUCCUACCUGCAGCUGGGUGUGGCGGGAACUUCCAUGGCCUUCUCCCCUGGCUUCUCCACCUACUGCGCCCUCCGCUUUCUCGUCGGGAUGGCGCUCUCCGGGAUCGUCCUCAACUGCAUCUCGCUCGUCUUGGAGUGGGCGCCCACCCGGACCCGCACCAUCACCGGGGUGCUGACCGGCUACUCGGCUACCCUGGGGCAGAUCCUCCUCCCUGGCCUGGCAUACGCCUUCCCCAACUGGCGCUGGCUCCAGCUUGCCAUCUCCCUGCCUUUUUUCAUCUUCUUCUUCUACUCCUGGUGGUUUGCUGAGUCGGCGCGCUGGCUGGUCCUGGCGGGGAGGCCCCAGGAGGCCGUCCGGGUGCUGAAGAGGGUCGCCCGGAUCAACGGGGAAAAGGCCAGAGGUGACGAGCUCAACGAGGAGGUCCUGCAGGCCCACCUGCAGAAGGAGCUGGCCCUCGCCCAGACCCCCGUCACCCCCUGGGAUCUGGUGCGCACACCGGCCGUGCGUCACAUCUCGUGCUGUCUGGCCGUGGUCUGGUUUGCCACCAGCUUCGCCUACUAUGGCCUUGCCAUGGACCUGCAGGGCUUCGGGCUGCCCGUGCACCUGCUGCAGCUGCUCUUCGGCUCCGUGGACAUUCCUGCCAAGCUCCUCUCUACCCUGGGCAUGAGCCAGGCCGGCCGGAGGGGCACUCAGGUGGCUGCCCUCGUGCUGGCAGGACUGGCCAUCUUGGCCAACCUGUUCGUGCCCCAAGAGCUCCGGGCCCUGCGCACCACCCUGGCUGUGCUGGGGAAAGGCUGCUUAGCGGCUUCCUUCAACUGCAUCUAUCUGUACACCGGGGAGCUCUACCCCACCGCCAUCAGGCAGACGGGGUUGGGUGUGGGCAGCACCAUGGCCCGGGUGGGAGGCAUCGUGGCCCCCGUGGUGAAGCUGAUGGGUGAGAGGACCCCCCUGCUGCCCCCCAUCAUCUACGGGGCCACCCCCGUGCUCUCUGGCCUGGUGGCCCUCGCCUUGCCAGAGACCCGGAACCAGCCCUUGAAGGACACCGUGGAGGAAGUGGAGAAUGGAGCCCGGCGGCUGGGAGAAGGCGAGCCCCGGCAGAAGAUUUCUCUCCGGACCCCAGCCAGGGACCCACACGGCGGUGCCCACAAGUGACCCCGAGUCCAGAGAACUUGUUUCGGGCACCGGGACACGGGAUCCGGGAAGCAAAAAUCCGGACCAGAAACCAGGGUACCUGGGUUCAGUGCCUGACUCCAUCGCUGAUGUGCUGGGCUCCAAGUCUCCCCCCUCCCCUAUUUACAUCCGUGCCUGGGAUGCUCUAGUUUCAUUCUCCCAGGAGACAGGAGGAUGAGAAUGAUGAUCUGUGGAGGUUUCUGUGAAAUAUGCCCCCACCUCCUCGUGUGCCUGGCACAUAGUAAGCGCUUAACAAAUACUCCAGAAAAAAAUCCCCCUUGGAUCCAACAUGUGAGGCAGAAUAAAACUCACUUUUUCUUCCCCGGUCGGCUUCGGCCUUUAGUGGGAGUGACCCCCGUCGCCCUCAGGGCACUUUCCUUCCCACCACCAGAGAAUCCUCAGUUUCCCUGCCAGUGAACCAGGGCCACGCACCUGGCGGGAGUUCAAUAAAUCACUGUGGGGGAUGAGGACGA